AUGGGAACUUAUGUAUCGCUAACAGUGUCCAUUGGUUUGGCAUUCCUGGCACCCACGGGAUCAGUUCUUCUUGUGUUGGCUGAGAUCGUCGAAUAUGGCCGCGGUAUGGUUGAACUUUUAGAUUUUAUCGAAUCACUGGUUGCAGUCAUCUACGAGGAUGGGGCACAUGAUUCGCAAGAGCUGCUGCUGGUCAUGGAACGAUGGCAGUUCCAUGAGAUGGAGUUCGAGGCAGAGCCCCGUGUCAUGCGACGGGUGGCCAUGAGUCUCAUGGAGCAUCACGCCUUUCAACGCCGCCUUCGCCACGCGCUGCGUGCGAAACGCGUAUGGCUCUGGGAAGCUGCAGGCUUGAUUUUCCGUCUCUAUGGGUUCCAUGAGGUUCAACCUCUGCAGUCCGGAUAUUUGUUGGAGGAAGCCUUGGAGCUUCUGUUGGCACACCAGGAUGUUGAGCGAUUAGGCCUUCUCUAUGAGCAGGUCCUACUGGCCUGGCUCUUGUCGGGCGAACGUCCGGAGCUGGCACAUUUGGCACGCCGCAUUGCUUGGAGCACGGUGGUUUGUCACAGGAAUUGCGAAGAAACUGAACGUGAACUGCUCUCUCAUCAGAUACUUAGUACGGUCCACCAGGACUACUUCGAGGUGUCACAUCGUCCCCUCUGGGGAUCCAAGCGACAGGAUUUGAUGUGGCAAACCUUCUGCGCGGAGCCACGUGACCUUGUGUAG